UUUACAUAAAAGAAAGAAAAAGAGAAAAGGGGAGGAAGGUAUUCCAUGGCAAUCACCAGCUCCUACACACCAACUUCUAAGCGUCUUCUUUUCGAUCGGCGUUACGGUUGGGUAAUUGACAAAUGGAAGGACCCAUCGGAAGAAGCUCUGUCCGGUGGCCGGGGAAUGUUUUGCAUUGCGCCUCUAGCAAAGGGUUUUCUAAAGAUGGCUUCAAACUCGAUCAACCAUGGUGCAAGCACAGCAGUGAAAGCUUUUGAAAGGCCAGACCUAUUUUCACCACAGCCUUUUGACAGUUCAAAACCACUUCUCCAACAAGUUUUGGACCACUUCUUGUUUGGUGUGCGAGUGUAAUUACCCAAGAAAUGGUGGAGCAAAUAUCUUUGAAAAAAAAGGCGAAAUAUCAUAGAAUUGGAGAGAAAUGUGUGUAAAUUUGAUAUGAGAAAUAAUUGAUUUAUAUUAUUUGUCAGAAAUUUUGUAUCUACAUCCAUACAUCAUAUUUUAUGUAUUAAUACGAAUAAUUGUUGAUGCAUCAACGAUAAUUAAAAGAGUGAUUGAGUAAUUUAGGUUAAAUGAAUUUAAUAAAA